GGGUAUCUGACAAAGAAGCAGCAGCUCACUCUGAUAAUGAAAGCAGAGCUUCAGAAUCUGACAAAGAAGAAGCUGCUCAAUCUGGAAUUCUGAAAAGAAUGUGCAAAUGUUCUUCACUAAUAUUACUAUUGUGAAAAUCUGCUAUAGGAAACUUCAAGAGGCCAAAAGCUUCACUGUAUCCAGUGAUAAUGAAAAUGCAAGCAGAACAUCAGGUUCUGAUAAAGAAGUGGCACAUUCUGAUGAUGAAGAGGAUAACAGGGCAUCUGGUUCAGAAAAAGAAGCUAGUGCUCAUUCAGAUAAUGAGAAUGCUAGUGGAGGAUCUGAGUCUGAAAGAGAAGAUGCUGCACAUUCAGAAAAAUCCAGUGAAGGAUCUGAAAAGGAAGAUAGAGCACUGUCUGGGCAGGAUUCAGAAAUGUCUGAUUGAAAACGCAACAUCACUUAUGAUGUAAAACUUGUACAGUAUGAACUCUUAUGAUGUAAAUAUGUUUUAUAUGACUGAAACAAAUUGUAUGUCAAUAAAUUUCUGUGUGAUUGUAAUUAA